UUUCAUUAAAGGGUGGCACCACCCAUGACGGCGGUUCUCCGUGCGCGUCUCCGCUGCGACGGUAGGCUACUCUACUGAUCGAUCGAGUCAUGGUUGUGAGCUUGACAAUCAUACAGCACAGCAAUAUGAAGAAACUAUUAUUACUCUUUUCCUUCGCAUUAUUUUUGGACUGUGUGUACAGCAAGACAGAAAAAGUGUCUGUGAAGGAGGGAGAUUCUCUCACUCUACACACUGAUGUCACUGAAAUACAGAGAAUAUUUUUCUUGAUGUGGAUGUAUGAAUCUCAAAACAAUAUUAUUGCAAAAAUUGAUGGGAAAACUCAGACAGUCUCAUUAUAUGAUGUUGAUGAUGGGAGGUUUGAAGACAGACUGCAGCUGGACAAUAAGACUGGAUCUCUGAGCAUCAGUGACAUCAGAACCAAACACUCUGGAGAUUAUCAUCUAAAGAUCAUCAGCGACGAGACCUUCCUCAAGACAUUCAGUGUUACUGUCCAUGAUGUGAUUUUUGCCGGCUUAGAAAACAAGAAAGAAGGAGAUUCUGUUACUCUACACACUGGUGUUACUGAUUCACAGAAACAUGAUCUAAUACAAUGGACAUUUGGACCUACAAAUCCAGACAGUCUUGUAGCUGAAAUGAACAUUAAGAUUCAUGAGAUCACACUGAAUUCAGAUGAUAUAUACAGAGGGAGAUUUCAUCUGGAAAAUCAGACAGGAUCUCUCACCAUCAGAGAUAUCAGAACCUCAGACGCUGGAGUUUAUCAACUACAGAUCUCCAACAGUAAAGAAACACUCUACAAGAGAUUCAAUGUUUUUGUCGCUGUUCCAGAUCCGGGUCUGUCUGCUGGUUAUAUUGCGCUGAUUUGUCUUUGUGUCCUUCUGUUUGUGGCUGCAGCUCUGGGACUGAUGUGCUACAUAAAAUACUCUAAAAAGCAAAAAGAAAAGAAGACACUGUCCGUGAAGGAGGGAAAUUCUGUCACACUAGAAACUGGUGCAGUCGAAAUCCAGAGAGAGAAUGAAGUGCUCUGGAUAUUUGGACCUCAAAAUACAGUCAUUGCUCAAAUAGACAAAAAUGCCAGUAACAUCUCAUACACCGAUGAUGAGCGAUUCAGAGACAAGCUACAGCUGGACCAUCAGACUGGAGAUCUGACCAUCAGCGACAUCAGGAUCCCAAUCUCUGGAGAUUAUCAGAUGAAGAUCAUUGGCAGCAAAGUGACAAAAAUGAAGAGUUUCAGAGUUAUUGUACGAGUGGACACACGGAAAUUCACAGAAGGAGAAACUGUCCGUCUGCAAACUGGUGUUACUGAAAUACAGAAAGAUGAUCUGAUACUGUGGAAGUUUGAACCUAAAAAUGUACUUAUUGCCAAAAUCGAUGGACAGAGCAAUGAGAGCAAUGUCUACGAUGAUGAUGACAGAUUCAGAGACAGAUUGGAGCUGGACAAUCAAACUGGAGAUCUCACCAUCACAAACACCAAAAGCACAGACUCUGGAGUUUACGAACUGCAGAUCAAGAGCAGAAAUAAAGACUUAUACAAGAAAUUCAAUGUUCUUGUUUGGCUGAACACGCUGAAAUAUACAGUUGGAGAUUCUGUCACUCUACAAACUGGUGUUACUGCACUGAACAAAGAUGACCGGAUACUGUGGAAGUUUAGCGAUAAAGAUAUUUUCAUAGCUGAACUCAACCGAGCCACUAAUCAGACCAAAUUAUACAAAGGUCCUGAUGGGAGAUUCAGAGACAGACUGCAGUUAAACCAGAGAACUGGAGAUCUGACCAUCAGGAACAUCAGCAGAGCUCAUUCAGACGUUUAUACACUUCAAAUCACCAGCGGCAAAAAGAGCACAUGCAAGAGAUUCAUGGUUAUUGCUCAUGAGAAGACUGUGUACGGGACGGAGGGAGGUUCAGUCACGCUAAACAACGAAACUGAAAUACAAAAAGAUGAUCUGCUGCUGUGGAUGUUUGGACCUGAAGACAGUCUCAUCGCUAGAGGAGAAAUAAAUAAAGCAAUUUUCAGUACAAGUUUCAGUACAAGUUUCUCCACUGAAGGGAAAUUCAGAGACAGACUGAAGCUGGAUGAUCAGACUGCAUCUCUGACCAUCACAAACAGCACAACUGAACACUCUGGAGUUUAUAAACUAUUGAUCAUCAGCAGCCGAGAGACCAAAUACAAGAGAUUCAAAGUAACAAUCCGUGGGAGUGAAAGAAUCCCAGACUUUGGGGCUGAGCAGGAAGGGAUCCCCUUAAUGCAAAUAUCAAACUCAUAACAGUAAUAUAGUAUCUGUGAAUUCAGACCAUUUCAGGCAGUAUUGCACAUUUGUAUGACAUUACAUACCCAAUGAGAGGGAAUUUAUUAUUAACUAUUUGACUUGGUGCUUCAAAAAAAAAAAAAAAAAAAAAGAUUUAACAACUUGGUCCAUUUAUUUGUUAUAAAUGAAUUUACUUUCAUACGUAAAUCUAUUUGUUAGUAUAUGAACGUUAUACCAUAGUAUACGGACUCAGGUAAUGUGUUGUUAUUUGUCAAAUUUUUUUUGGUAUAGUGCUUUGCACAGUACACAUUGUUACAGAAAAUCAUGAUGUUUAUAAUGCCUUCAUGCCUUAUAGUCACAUUUAGCAGAUACCCAGCUAAUAGUGAACGCUAUCAGAGCGUUCUGGCAAGGUUCUCUUAAAGUUAUGAACAAACUUUCUUCUGAUAAUAAUAGUUUAUGGUGUUUAAAAAUGUUCUCAAAACGUUAGCACAAAAAUAUUAAUUAUACUUUUUUUUGGAAUGG